AUGGCGACCGUUGUCGACACCAUCGUCAAGCAACAGCUUGUCGACAAGCUGCCUAAGCAUUUCAAAGGCAUCAAAUUCGGGAUCCAGUCCAAUCAAGACAUUGCCAACCAGGCUGUAUUGGAAGUCUCCGACCGAUUGCUCUAUGAUAUUGAGAAUAACCGUGCACCGUACCGCCACGGACCACUCGACCCGCGCCUCGGCACUUCAAGCAAACAGGGAAAAUGCUCAACCUGUCUGGAACCGCUGAACAACUGCACUGGCCAUUUUGGCCAUGUGAGACUGCCUCUUCCGGCCUUCCACGUCGGGUACCUGCGUUUCAUCAUGUCGAUCUUGCAGGAGAUCUGUAAGGACUGUGGCCGAGUCCUGCUUGAAGAACCUGACAGGCGGGCUUUCUUGAAAGAGCUCCGACGGCCGUACCUGGACAACUUGCGGCGCACCCAGAUCUGCAAACGCAUCAACGAACAGUGCCGCAAAGUGAAGACCUGCCCAUAUUGCGGGUCGGUGAACGGGCAGAUCCGCAAAGUCGGCGUGCUGAAGCUUACCCACGACAAGUUUGUGGCAUACAACAAGUCAACUUCCGCAAAGAAAGUCCCGCCGGCGAGCAAGAUCAAGUUCGACAAUUCCUUCCGUGAUGCUCGUCAAGGCAACCCUGAAAUAGAUAAACAUCUCCGCAAGGCCAUGGAAGAUUUGAACCCACUGCGCGUUCUCAAUCUCUUCAAAAUGAUCAGUCCAACUGACUGUGAGCUUCUGGGUCUGGAUCCUGCCGAGGGCCGCCCAGAAAUGUUCAUCUGGCAGUUCCUACCUGCCCCGCCGAUCUGUAUCCGACCAUCCGUGGCCCAGGAUAACGCAAGCAAUGAAGACGACCUGACCACGAAGCUGGCUGAUAUUGUGUGGGUCAGCGGCAUGAUCCGCUCUGCUUUGCAAAAGGGCUCUCCGGUACAGACCAUUAUGGAACAGUGGGAAUACCUUCAGACGCAAAUUGCGUUGUAUGUCAACAGUGACGUGCCAGGUCUUCAGCAGCCCGGGUUUGGCAAGACCACUCGCGGGUUUUGUCAGAGGCUGAAGGGGAAACAGGGCCGUUUCCGCGGUAAUCUUUCCGGCAAACGUGUGGAUUUCUCAGGCCGUACCGUCAUCUCCCCUGAUCCGAACCUCGGCAUCGACCAGGUAGCCGUGCCCCAACUGGUUGCGAAGAAUCUGACCUAUCCGGAACGCGUAAAUCGUCACAACCUGGAGAAGUUGAGGCAGUGCGUUAGGAAUGGCCCGAAUGUGUGGCCUGGUGCGCAACAAGUGCUUAAAGGAGGCAACGCGGAUCACAAAUGGUCCCUGAAGUUUGGUGAUCGAGACAGCAUGGCCAAAGCCCUGACAGCCGGGGACGUGGUCGAGCGGCAUCUGGAAGAUGGUGACGUGGUGCUAUUCAAUCGUCAGCCCUCACUUCACAAAUUGAGUAUCAUGAGCCAUUUGGUCAAGGUGCGCCCAUGGAGAACGUUCCGCCUCAACGAGUGUGUUUGCAGUCCAUACAAUGCCGAUUUCGAUGGAGAUGAGAUGAACCUGCACGUUCCGCAGACGGAAGAAGCGCGCGCGGAGGCUAUCAACCUCAUGGGAGUCAAAAACAACCUUGCGACCCCGAAGAAUGGCGAGCCGAUCAUUGCAGCGACACAAGAUUUCAUUACAGCGGCCUUUCUGCUCAGCAGCAAAGACCGCUUUUUCGAUCGCAAGACCUUUACGUACAUUUGCAAUCACAUGCUUGACGGGAAAACGCACCUGGAUCUACCACCUCCAGCAAUCAUUGCGCCGCAAGCGCUCUGGACUGGCAAACAGAUUUUCAAUAUUCUCAUCCGGCCCAACAAAGAGUCUCCCGUCAUGAUCAACUUUGAUGCCAAAUGCCGUGCCUACAAAGCACGACCUGGUGUACACCCGGACAUGGAUCCCAAUGAUGGAUGGCUGGUGGUGCGAAACUCCGAAGUCAUGUGUGGCCGCAUGGACAAGUCAACUGUCGGUGAGGGCAAAAAAGACUCCGUCUUUUAUGUCAUGAUGCGAGAUUUCGGACCUGAGGCUGCCGCACAGGCUAUGAACAGACUGGCAAAGCUGUGCGCAAGAACACUUACAAACCGCGGCUUCUCCAUCGGCGUUGGUGAUGUUUUCCCAACAGCGAGUCUCAAUGUCGAGAAAGAAAAGCUUGUUGAGGUGGCCUACAGGCAGUGCGACGAUCUGAUCGAGCGCUUUAAGAAGAACGAGCUCGAGAAAGCUCCUGGAUGUAAUAUGGAACAGACCCUCGAGAACGCCAUCUCUGGUAUUCUCAGCAAAGUUCGGCAGCAGGCCGGUUCGUACUGCGUCGACAACCUGAGUCGCAACAAUGCUCCCCUCAUCAUGGCCAAGUCUGGCUCAAAGGGUUCAGACAUUAACGUUGCUCAGAUGGUCGCGGUCGUAGGACAGCAGAUUAUUGGCGGCUCUCGUGUCGCUGAUGGUUUCCAAGAUCGAACCCUACCUCAUUUCCACAAAAAUGCGCGCCAGCCUCCUUCCAAAGGUUUCGUCAAGAACAGUUUCUACACUGGGCUUUUUCCCACCGAGUUUUUGUUCCACGCCAUCUCUGGUCGUGAAGGCCUGGUCGAUACCGCCGUCAAAACCGCUGAAACUGGCUACAUGUCUCGUCGCUUGAUGAAAUCCUUGGAGGAUCUCUCAACGCAGUACGAUGAUACUGUUCGUACUUCUGGAGGCGGCAUUGUCCAAUUCCAAUUCGGAGCCGACAAGCUCGACCCCGUCGAUAUGGAAGGGAGUGCAGAGCCGGUGCAUUUCAAACGUACAUGGACGCACGCUGAAGCCGUCACUUGGGACAAUACUGAGCGGUCGUUGAGCCCUACCGAGAUCAGGGAAUUCUGUGACUCCAUGUUGGAGAACGAACGCAAGCGCUUCCCUAGACGCGGCCUACUUCGCAACGAGGACCUACCAUACGAAGACUCCAGUGACUACGCAGUUGACGAGCACGAGAGUGCCCGAAACUUCUUGCGAGACAUUGAGAAUCACGUUGAGGCCAUGGCAGCAAAGUUGGAAAAGGUCCGAAAGUUGGCUGGCAUUGAGGGCGACGAGACGGACAACCCCGUUGCUUUAGCUCACUGCGAGAGGACGGCAAAGGUGUCAAGAACCACCUUGAAACUCUUCAUCCGCCUUUGCCUCGAGAAGUACAAGAAGGCACACGUCGAACCUGGCCAUGCGGUUGGCGCAGUUGGCGCUCAGUCCAUCGGUGAACCUGGUACCCAAAUGACCCUGAAGACGUUCCAUUUUGCUGGUGUUGCCGGCAUGAGUAUUACGCAAGGUGUACCCCGUAUCAAGGAAAUUAUCAACGCAUCAAAGACCAUCAGUACACCUGUCAUCACCUGUCCGCUGGAGAAUGACAGUGAAAUCGCCGCGGCCAGGGUCGUCAAGGGCCGCAUUGAGAAGACAUAUGUCGAAGACGUUAUCAAGUACGUGGAGGACGAGUGGCGCACCGAAGAAGGCAACGUCGUCUUGCGUAUCGACAACGCGGCGUUGUCGGAAAUGCAGCUGGGCAUUGGCGUCCAUGAUAUCGCCGAGGCAAUCUGCAAGCAACGCAAGUUGAAGGUCCAGAGGAGCGACUUGAGUAUUUUGUACGAUCCCGACGAGGGCAGCCGUAUCAGCAUCCGCGUCCGGGACGCCAGUACCAUGGCGCCAAAGCGCGUCACCAAAACCAAGUCGGCUGCUGAUGAGGGCGACAUGCUCCUCAGAGCUAACUUUUUGCGACGUGCGCUGCCCUCGGUUCCCAUUUCUGGAUACCCCGAGGCCACGCGUGCCAUCAUCCAGACCUCGGAGAAGGGCACAAACACCGUCCUCGUAGAAGGAUAUGGCCUUCGCGCUUGUAUGACCACGGAGGGUGUGAUUGGUGUCAAGACAAAAUCCAAUAAUGUUAUGGAGUGUCGCGAAAUUCUUGGAAUCGAGGCCGCACGUUCGACCAUUGCUUUUGAGAUUGGGGAGGUCAUGGGAGACAUGAAUAUUGAUCCUCGACACAUGCAACUUUUGGCAGAUGUCAUGACAUACAAAGGCGAGGUGCUUGGCAUUACACGUUUCGGCUUGUCAAAGAUGAGAGACAGUGUCCUGCAACUGGCUUCUUUCGAGAAGACGCCCGACCAUUUGUUUGAGGCUGCGGCUGGCAUGAAGACGGACCAGAUUGAGGGAGUGAGCGAAUGUAUCAUCAUGGGGCAGACGAUGAAGGUUGGCACUGGUGCGUUCCAAGUUGUCCGUCGCCUGGGCAUCCAGCCCAGUCGCUUGUCACGGAAGCCCACCGUCUUUGAGGAUUCUUGGGCGUCCGAGGCGGCAGCCAAGAAGCAGAGCCGACUACGAGUGUGA